UAACACAGAUUAGAUUACUAGUUAGUCAGUGCUAGUAAUCUGUGUUAGUAUGGUGCUCUUGAAGAAGUUGACUUAUUUUCAUAAAUAAGAUUAAGUUCGGAACGAUUUUAGUGUUAAUUGAUAGACAGAAGGAACAAGAUUAAUAUCAGUGAAUUACUGGUUACUGUAGAACUAACCAUUAUAUUACUAAAAUGUUGUAUCACGUACAAAAAAGGAUGCUUGUUGAAUUUGUGAGGGAUCAUCCGCGAUUAAGUAGUGGAAGGUUUUCACAAGAUUUUACUAUUAAAAGUGCCCAAAGUCUUUGGGAGGAAAUCACCUCCCGGUUAAACAAAGUCCCAAACGGCACCCAAAAAGAUUGGAAGAGAUGGAGAAAGACUUGGCAAGAUUUGAAGAAGGGAGCGAAAAUGAAGGAUGCCGCUAGAAGAGAGUACUCAAGGCAGACAGUAGGGGAACCACCUACUCCAGUUGAGUUGAUUGAAGUAGAAAACAAAGUGAUUAAAAUUAUCCCUUCUGACCCAACAAGAACAGGGGAUUAUAUUGAUGUUGGGGAGAUAUUUGUAUUUGAUGAAGGAAUAAACUUAAGGGAAGAAGUGAUCGGAGAGACUCCUGAAGAUCAUUCUUAUUGUCUGAGGUGUCCAGAAAGUGAUCACAGAUUGAAUGAAACGCCUGAGAAAAUGAGCUCUACAUCAUUUCCAGAAACUUCGUCAAAAUUGUCUCAGGAAAUGGUGAACGUCAAUAUAGAUAUGGAGCAUAAGCAGAAAGAGCUGGAGUACAAGCAGAAAGAGAUGGAGUACAAGCUGAAAGAGCUGGAGUACACGCAGAAAGAGAUGGAGUGCAAACAGAAAGAGAUGGAGUGCAAGCAGAAAGAAUUAGAGUACAAGCAUAAAGAGAUGGAGUUAAAGCAGAAAGAAUUAGAGUUCAAGCAUAAAGAGUUGGAGUGCAAGCAGAAAGAGAUGGAGUGCAAGCAGAUAGAGAUGGAGUGCAAGCAGAUGGAGAUGGAGUACCUGGAGAAGAAGCUCAUAGAUAAAAAAAGUUGAUUAAUAUAUAAUGUAAAUAAAUAAUGUAUAAUGUAAAUAAAUAAUGUAUAAUGUAAAUAAACAAUGUAUAAUGUAAAUAAAUAAUAUAUAAUGUAA